CUCCCUGCCGCGUCGACGCGCGCUCGGCGCCUCCCGCGCGUUGCCGCUUCGCCAGUCGCCCGCCGCCGCGCGUACACGCUGUAGGUUCGUUCGUACGAAAUCUUAUAGCCAUGUCGAAAAAAAUAACAUUGACCAAAGACCAAACACUCCAAUUGAUAAAAGAAGUUCAUCAACGGCCGUGCUUAUGGAAUCCAUAUGACGAACAGUACGGUAGAAGAUACCCCGUAGCUAAAGCCUGGGCUGACAUAUCACGUGUUAUGGAUAAUUUGCCAGUAAUGUUCCUGCGAAUAAAAUGGAAAUGCCUCCGAGACACUUACAAGAAGGAGCUGAACAAGAACCCUGGCACCUACACCGGCAUGUGGCGGUUCUUCAAACCUCUCAAAUUCCUCGUUUUCAAGCCCCCGUACGAAUCGGAGAACGAUAGUGAUGAACCUUCAGAAAAGGAGACAGAAGAGACAAACGUAACUAGUGAUGUACCGGUUAUAAAAUACGAGCCGACGUUACAGUGGUCGGAAAACUCUAUCCCAGCGGACACGAAGCCAAGGGAAGAAGAAUUUGACGUGCUAUUCCUACAGUCUUUGACGCCGUACUUCAAGCAGUUAGACCCUAUGAGGAAAUUGGUUAUAAGAAGCAAGAUGCAAGAUAUGCUGUUCAACGAAAUAUGUGCGCAGAAGUCGGGCACGGGUCCGCAAUAUGAUUAGGUUACUUGAUUGUAUGUUAUAAGUUUGUAUUUAUAACUACGAUAUCGUGACGUUUUAAGCUAAUGUGAGUGAAGCCAGACAGUGCUUUGUGAUUUUUAGUUUUAUUUAUCCUGGCUUACUGAUCGAAUUGAAACUACAGGUAAGUACUGUAUCAUCAGCUAUUGCUCAACAUCGGGCCUCAAAUUAUUUUUGAUCGUUUUUUAUAGCUAAAUAAUUAUUUUUAAUCUAAUCCCUCUCAGUAGUAGAGGAAGCCCGUGCUCAGCCGUGGGCAAGUAUAUAAUACAGGGCUGAUAUUAUUAUUAUAAUUAUUUUUAUAAAGCAAUGCGAAAUCUGCUGGUGGUAAGAUACAUUUUUUAUCGGCCCGGAUAGUGGCAACCGUUUACGUAUUACGCUUUUAAAAAACGCGCGUAAUGAGUUCCCUUGAAAACUCAGUGUGAAGGGCCCUUAUAACUUAUGAUGUUUUUGACGGACACAACAAACGUAAUUAAUAUUGUGAUCACAUUUCUAGUUGCAAUUCAGUUGGCCACGCAAGCCUAGUUUCAAAUUGCAAGUCAGUUUAGCGAGUGUAUGAUAAUUUUGUUUCCGACGAUUAUAGACGCAAACGCAGUAGAAAUAAACCUGUUGUAAAAUGGCAGCCGACUUUCAAACCAUACCUACAAACACCACAAAUUAAACAAAUUUUCAUUCGUUGCAUACCCAGACCGAUACAAUAUAGAGAGAGAGACCUUUAAAACAAGCUAUGUCUACUUAAAACGCAAUUCAAUGAUUCCAUUGAUGUUAUGUAUGUUCAUGGGCGAUGAUCCCCAUCAGACGAACCACUUGCUCGUCUGCUAUUAUAAAAAAAUGUACUUAUUCCAUAGCCAAGUUACGGCAUUAAACCCCAGUAGUUUAAGCACACAAAUAGAUAAUCUACUACGUAUUCUACCUGAGGUUGUUUGUUACGCAUAACUGACCUUCCUCAAAUUUCGACCCACAUCCAUCCUCGCGAUAGUGAUGUGGCGAUAAUAAAUAAAGCUUCAUUAUUUAGUAUAAAGGAACUAAGAAGUUUAGAUAUCGGGAAUGAAGAUUUUGGUGAUGGAUUAUAGAAGAGGUUCUCAAUUUUCUCAUAGAAUCUGCCUUCAUUGAAAGGUGAAGUCAAACCAACAUUUUAUUUUUUAUUUACUAUCAAACCAGAUAAAUUUUCGUAGACCCUCGCUUACGAAUUAUGGACUCAAUUUUUGGGUCACGCCACCUCAGACCCCCAUCAAGUCUCCUCUGGACUACUGUGGGAAUCAAUGGAUUAUACUAUUCGUGUUUCGACGUGACACUGUUUUAAGAAUAAAAUAAAAUUAAGCUUGUGACAUCGCCCGCGCUUUCGAAACCAUCGUCUCACGUUUUUCUGUUUACCGAAAAAAAUUAGCCUAUAUGUCAAAGUUUAUACCAGACUUGGUCUUUAUCAUCAAAAUCCCAUCCAAAUCCAUUUAAUGCGCCAACUUUUAAGUUCUGCCAAAAGCAUACCUAAAUAUAUCUUCACACUUUUCGGAUUAAUAUUAGUAGGGUGAGUUCCUCGUCUUAUACCCGAUGGCGUAGGCAGGGAAGCAAUUAGUCCCUACACCCCAAGUUUUGCUGAGAUUUUUCCGUUAUCCGCCCCGUGAUGUUAUACGAAGCAAAAAUUUCAUCAGAGGAUCGUUUGCCUUUGGGGUACUCUAAUACUUAGGUUACGUGUUUUUCUAUUGAUUUCCCGCACCUAUUUAAUUUCCAUACUUUGCUUUCCAAGUAAAGUACUAAACAGUAUGUAUAUCACUGAUUAUAAAAUACUUACUAAGAGGUGGUGAGUUGAGAUCUCUUCUUUCCUGCAGAUAGGAUUGUUAGGAAUGUAUUUUUAGACUAAAUUAGACUUUGUGGCCAUUUUAGGUCCGCAAUUCCCGAAUUUCAAGCCGCGGCAUACAUCUUAUAAGGCUCUGGCUUUAUUAUCCAAAUCAGCGACUAAACUGACUAAAACCAAUAUACAAAUCUUACUUUUAAAGAUCUAUACAUGUGGUUUAGUAUUUAUAGUCACUUUUAUAUAUACAUAAGACGAGCAAGCCGCUCGCCUGACACCAACUGCCAUUAAAUUCAAAAUCCAACUGAUUGAUUUGACAUUUAAUUCGAAGCAACCUCGAUUUGUUACAACACUACGAAUGCCCUUUUUAACCUUUUCUAUUCGUUUUUUAUUCCAAGGAAACGGCCGCGCGCCACGACCGCACCGUGCAGCCGACUUGCAUUGAAUUGAUGUAUGAUAAUGCACUUGCAUUAGUUACACUUCUAACUGAAAAAUUGUUUAAAAUAUCUUUUAUAACGAUCAUAAUAGUUUUAAUAUCACUCAUUAACACUGUUGAGUAAAUGGGUUUCUUUUUGUGAAGACCUUUCGUUGGUAUUAGCGAGCUAGCAGAUUUCGCAUGCCUUCAAAUCCUAUAAGUGAAUUCGGGUUUUAUUCUCUGAAAAUGUAAUAUUUCUCUGUUAAGGUGGUAAGUAGUUAACAAUGGAUACAAACGUAAUGAAGUUUUUUUUAUUUUAUGUUUUAGAAAGUUGGUUUCGAAACCGAACUUUAAUGUCGAAAGUCUGAUCUCCUACUUGGCUAUCGUUACUGAAGUAGAAAUAUUUGCUUUGUAAAAUAUAUAAGUACAUAUAAUAAGACCUAUAUUUUUAAAAAAGUGUAAGACGCGAAAAAUAAGAACAGAACGUAAACGACAAUUUUUGAUCUUGUUUUUUGCUCAAAUGGUCUUUAGCGUAUCACACCAAAAUCAAUCAUAUCUUUUGUAAUAUAUAAUAAGUACUCUAAUAUACUCACGUUAUUUAAAAAGUAAUCUGUUAAAUAACCUAUUAAUUUUAAUAAAUAUUAAAGUUACUAAUAUAAUGUAAAUGUAUUUUGUACAGAUUUAAUAAGUUGUUUUUUAUUCACAUCUAUAAAAAACUGUUCCAAGCGAUUCUUUGUGAAAAAAAAUAAUGUUUUAUAAUAAAGCACCGUGAGAACAAUUA